AUGUACGAAGGGAUUGACAACCUGAAAUCCCUUUAUGACCGUGCCGGGAAGACUUUCUCCGGCGGUCCUUCUGCGGCACAGGAUGUGCCGCGUCGUACUGCUCAACCAGACCCAGUACGUCGAUCAUCAGUUGGGAGCGGGGCUCCCAAGAAUCCCAGGACGGGGGAUAACCGCGCCACCGGACGAGAUAACUCGUCCGACGUCCGUUCACGUCGCGGUGGUUCAACAGCUGCUCAACUAGAUAGCGCUGGCCACCGCGAGAGUCCUCUAAUGGAGGUGGAGGAGGAGGAAAGACGCUCUCCACACGAUCAUGUGGAUCGGUGUGUUCCCGAGAGCUUCUUUGAUCGUGUAACGCAAGGGUUACGCGACGAUCUCGAGCAUGAGCGGAAUAGGCGUCUCCAAAUGGCGGACACUGCCUUGAAGCAUCGAGCUGAGUUUGCCUUUGCUCAGAUUGAGAACGAGAGAUCUCUGACAUCUCUUCGUGACGAGCUAAGGGUAGCUCGUGGGAUUGUUGAUCGGUCUCGGGAUGAGAUAGCUGCUCUUCAGAUCCUUGUUGAUGCCCACCAUCGGGAGCACAAGGCUCUCUGCGAGAUGAUUGAGCGCAAGGGCGUUCUUCAUCAGAAGAAGCAGCGUACUGAUGGUGCGGCUUAA